CUAUACCAAAGUUGCCUUUAACCUAUCAUGUGCUUACUUAGACAUGUGUGUGUUUUUAUAAAACGAUCGUUCAAGAAGACAGUUUAGAGUUUGUCAUGGGUGAUGAGGAGAAGCUGACAGUGUCCCUGAAGGGAGGGCUGAACCUUAGGGAGCUGAGAGAGAGCGCCACCAGGACAGGGAGCUACGGGGUCCUGUUUGAGGUGGAGGAGGAGGAGGCUCCCUGUGAUGAAGAGUUAGAGUAUGAGUACCACAAGCAUGAUGUCUACAACCACCUGCUGCAUGUUGAGGAGGAGGAGGAGGAGGAGGAUGAUGAGUGCACGCUGUUUGAGAAACUGGCCCGUAAGAUGGAGGACAUCUGUCCCUCACAGGACAAGGGCAUUCUCAAGCAGGUGCUGCGACCUGGUAGUGGACCCACAGUGACCGAGGGUAGCCUUUGUCGCAUGCAUUUCAACAUCUACACGGAGCACGGGGAUGAGCCAUUUGACUCCACCAGGUUGCGUAACAAGAUAGCGAAGCUUUGUCAAGGUCGUGGAGAGAUGAUCGAGGGCCUUGACGUUGGCCUGGCGACCAUGAGGAAGGGAGAGGUGGCGCGCUUCCUCAUCAAGCCCGACUAUGCCCUCGGGAAAAUGGGCGCUCCACCUAGAAUACCUGAGAAUGCUACACUGUUGGCUGAAGUGGAGUUGCUGAGUUUCGUUGAGCAGGCCGACAUAGACGACUACUUUGAAAUGACAGAGGAACAGAAGCGCAAUGUUUCGUGGGCAGACUUAAAGAAGGUUUACCACUCCAUCACCAACAAUGCCAAGGAACUUUUUGAGGAUAACAAGAUACGGCAGGCCUUCCCCAAAUAUAAAAAGGCUGCCACUGUGCUGGAGGAUAGACACCUACGAGACCAGGAUGAGGAGGCCGACUGGCGUGGGCUUCUUCUCAAGACCUACCUCAACCUGUCUGUGUGCGCCGUGAAGCUAGCCCACGCAGGCAGGGCCAUCUACUACUGCAAGAAAUGCUACGAAAUGGACAAGAAACCUAAUGCUAAAGUGCUGUACCUGCAUGGCAAGGCACUGAGGAUGCAGUGUGACUUUGACAGAGCACGGGACUACCUGGUUAGGGCCCAGAAACUGAAACCUCGCAGCAGCGAUAUCAACAGCGAACUUGAGAAACUGGAGAGUGAUGUGCUGAAGUACCGUAUGACUGAGACGUCCAUGUACAGGAAGAUGCUCUCACAGCCUGUAGGAACCACUCAGGAAGAGGAAGAGAAGGAGAACAGGCGGGUAGAGGCAGCCAAGAACAAGUCAGAGGCAUGCAGCGAGGAGUUCCGUAAAACAGUCUCAGAGAAGCUCAGGGAGUUCAGUGCAGACCGGGACCUGACAGAGUUCCCCAUCCCCAGCUACAACCUGUCUCACGGAGAGAUCUACUGCAUCAUAGAAGUGGCAGAGAGUCUUGGUCUCGACGCAAAAGUCAGGGGAACAGGAAACAGUUCCCAACUUAGGGUAAUGAAGAGACCUCGGUCCUCCACCUGAGGUGAGUGAAUCUCAGGAAAUGUGUGUGCCAGACUUCUGGCCUGGCAUACCAAGUUCAUGUAUAAAGUUUGGAAACAAAGAACGGUGCUUUGUUUUGACUAUUAGCAAUAUUAAUUUGUGUAACUGAUAUUUUGAAACUUACUUUUACAUUUGUUCAGGUUUUGCAGAUUAUCUGUUAAGUGGAUCUUACAACACACUUUUGUAUUUGAUCAUUGUAACCUUAUUUUAACAAACAUGAGCUGUGUUCUGUAAAAAAAGGAGUUUAAUGCAUGUGCGUUAAGUGUUGUCCCAUUAAACCCCCUUUUCACAGAGCAUGGCUCAUGUAUAUCUAAAUUUCAGACUGUCAAUCAUUGUAUAUUUGUUAUUUUCAUGUCAUGUACAGUUUCUUUUCUUUUCUAAAAUGUUCAAUGUUCUUUUGUUCUGAUAUUAUUAAAAAUGCACAUAUAAA